UACUCAUUCAAAUCAAUCCAUUUUGUUUAUUUUUAAUAUUUUCACUGUACAAUUUCCUAACUUACAUUUCACAACAAUGGACACUGAUUCCCGAGAGAUUUCCCGUAUGUGGCGCGUCUACCGCACAGUCCACCAAAUGUGCAGAGACAGAAACUACCUUGUUGCUGCCAGCGAACUUGACAGAUCUCUCGAUGACUUCCGCGCGCAGUUCGCCCCCUCUGGCAAAGUGGACCGCACCCGCAUGACGUUUAUCGUUCAGAAGAAGCUGGACCCCUCCAUCCAGAUGUUUGUUUUCUUCCCUGACGAUGAGUCUGUCGGCAUCAAGCCCAUCAAGGAGUAUUUCCAGCGCAUGACCAAAGAGUCAGUCUUGAACGGAGUUGUUGUUUACCGCAAGAAGAUGACCUCCUCGGCGGAUAAGCUUAUGUCGCAUGUUACUGGCAAGUUCCGCUUGGAAAAAUUUGAAGAGGCCAACUUGUUGGUCAAUAUUACGGAGCAUGAGUUGGUUCCGCAGCACAAGGUUAUGUCGGACGAGCAGAAGAGGGAUAUUUUGGCUAGGUACCGCUUGAAGGAGACUCAGUUGCCCAGAAUCCUGAGCGAUGAUCCUGUAGCUAGGUACUAUGGAAUGACCAGGGGACAGGUUGUUCAGAUCAUCAGACCCUCGGAAACCGCUGGACGUUACGUUACAUACCGUAUCUGCAUGUAACAAGCAAGGAGGGGAAAUAUCAAUUAAAACAAAAUAUAAAAAUGCAAACUUGUCUUUUUGAAAUAUAUCAAGUAAAAGUAUAAAAACC